AUGAGUGACCUGAUGGAAUUCUUGCGCCUUUCCAUUCCCACGACGUGCAUGUUCCUCAGUCUCAUCAUUACGAUCAAGACAGCCAUCCUCGUGGAGUGGAUCUGCAUCUUCCUGCCAGAUGGCGGCAAUCAGCGUCACCUGUUCUUCUGGACGUGUCACUUCAUCAUCUGGGCCAAUAUUAUUUACUGUACAGUCGUCAAUCUAUCUUGUGUGCCGCAUGAGUACCUCUGGAACCGCACAGUUAUAGGAGGCUGCUGCAGAGUAAACACGGCCUAUCUGGCCCUGGCGACGGCCUGCUUGGCCUUCGCAAUCGACACUAUUGUUUUGUUUAUUCCGCAGCGCAUUAUUUGGACUCGUAACAUGUUGCGGCGGCGCAAGCUCGGCGACUCAAUUGUGUUUACGCUGGCCAUGGCUGCCUGUGUCGCGUCCAUUGUGCGGCUCUAUGUCACCGUGUUGAAAUCCAUGAGCGCCGACCUGACGUACCACUCGUCAAUGGUGCAGCUGACGGCGGUGGUCGAGGGCGUGUGCGGGAUUUUGGUCCUGUGCGUACCGGCGAUGCCCAAGGCCGUGAGUGGGAUGAAGCGGAAGGGCUAUGGCAUCGCGGCUAUCUCGGGCAAGGCGGCAGACCAGUUGACCCGAUGGCUGCGUCGGCCGCCUCGUAAGGAUGAUCCUGACGGCGACAGUAAGGACAAGGACGACAGUCUGUCUUGGCAUAUUGGAUCUAGCUUGGACAGUCGUCCGCUGCCUAACAUCAACGCGGACGGCCUGGGACUGGGCAAUACCAUCAAUGGUCCGCAGCACGAGGUUGGGGGCUGCGAGCUAAGUCUCAAGACUGCUGACGAGAGAUACGGGUGCCUCCGUGACGGUCAUGGAACAUGA